AUGAACUACAACAACAACGGAAAUGCAGGAUUUUAAGCAAAUAAUGAUAUUGAAAAUUUUUAGAUGAUGGGAUUUGCUGCUGCUAAAAAUUAAUAAAUGAUGAAUUAGUAGCAUAACUAGUAGCCAAACAAUUAAAAAGGAUUUGUUUAAAAUAAUAAUUAAAGCGCUGAUUAGAUUUCAAAUAAUGAAGGAGUAGCCUUAACUGGACUUUCAAAUUUAAAUUUAAGGAGAAAUUUUAUCCGUAAAGUUUUGGGAAUUAUUUGUACCUAGUUAAUCAUAACAUUUGCUUUUAUUAUUCCUUCAACAUUAAGUCAAGAUUAUAGAGAUUUCUAAAAGAGAUACAUUUUUAUCGCCUACCUUUCUUUAAUUUUGAAUAUCGCUACAAUGAUUACUCUUUAUUGCUUCCGUAAGCAAUGCAUGAAGGUUCCUAAUAACUACAUUUUACUUUUUAUAUUUACAAUCACUGAAGGUUAUUUAAUUUCCAUGAUAACUUCAGUAUCUUAACCUGAAGUUGUUUUGUUGGCAGGAGGUAUCACUUUUGCAAUAGUCUUAUUUAUCACAAUUUAUGCCUGCACAACUAAAAAUGAUAUAACCCAAAAGGUAACAGCAAUUUUCUAUGUAAGUAUGGCUCUUCUUGUAAUUAUCCUUGUAGCUUCAAUAUUUAGAAGUUAUAUAAUUUAAACUCUUAUUGGUUUGGCUAUUGUUGGAGUUUUCUGCUUUUACUUAGUUUUUGAUAUAUAGAGAUUACAAGGAAAUAAAUACUUAUCAUAUUCUUAUGAUGAUUACAUAAUUGCUUCACUUGACAUAUACAUUGAUAUUGUUGUUAUUUUCUAAACCGUUCUUGGCCUCGCUAACAGAGAGUGA